UGUCACAGGCAUAAUCUUAGCUAUGAUCAUCUUUAUCUCCAUCUUCGUGUUAACCUCCUUAAUCUCAUCAACUCUAGUGUUUUCAUCACUUAAUAAUUUCCCCAUAGCCAGGCCCGGCUGCAAGAGUACUUGCGGCGAAGUACAAAUCCCCUUUCCUUUCGGCAUCAAACGCAAAUGCUACCGCACGAAACAGUUCCUCGUGACUUGCAACAACACAGAUUUCACUCCUCCGAAGCUAUUCUGGGGUAACGUAGAAAUCACAGACAUAUCCCUCGACGGCCAGAUCACGGUGGUGCGCAGCAUAGCCAAAAACUGUUACGAUAAACAACAAAAUCGUUCUAGCGACAACAACCCCAUUCUAGAACUUCCUUCCAAUUUCAGGGUGAGUAACACUGCGAAUAAGUUCACUAUCGUCGGGUGUGACAGCUACGGCUAUGUGUCGGGCCGCCGUAGGAUCGGCCGCAACUUUACUACGGGCUGCACCGCCAUGUGCAGCUCCCGUAACGAUCUCCAGGAAAGAGAGUGUGCCGGAGCCGGCUGUUGCCAGACUACCUUCCCUGAAGAUGUUUGGUGGGUGCGAAUUGAUGUCAGGAGUUAUUCCAAUUAUACCAAAGUUUCGGACUUCAGCAAUUGUAGUUAUGGCUUUAUUGUUAAGGACAAAGCCUUCACAUUCUCUAAGGACAAUCUUACAAACUUGUCCAACGUUACAAAACUUCCUGCGGUGCUUAAUUGGGACAUCGGGAAAGGCACGUGCGAGGUGGCCAAGAGCAACCUCAAAGCCUAUGCUUGUAAAAGUGCGGAAUCGGAAUGCUACGAACCCGUAAGCGGCUCUGGCUACCGCUGUCGCUGCAGGAAUGGAUAUGAAGGAAAUCCCUACCUAACUAGUGGAUGCAUAGAUAUUGAUGAAUGCACACUCAAGAUUAGUAAUUGCACCAAGAAUGCGAAAUGCGAGAAUACAAUAGGGAGUUACACAUGUUCUUGUCCCAAAGGUCACAAAGGUGAUGGAAAAGAAGGAGAUGGCUGCGUAAAGAAGCAGAGUCUGAUGAUUGCCUAUGUCUUAAUUGGAAUCAUUGCUCUGCUACUUUGUAUCAUUCUACUCUACUUGGAACUUAAGCGAAGAUCACAGCGAAAGACCAAGCAUAAAUUCUUCCUCCAAAACGGUGGAAGUAUAUUGCAAGAGAAACUCGCUACGGGAGAAGUCUCACCGCAAAUGGUCACCAUUUUCACCUCCACCGAGCUACAGAAGGCGACAAACAACUUUCACAACAGCAUGAUCAUUGGCCGAGGUGGCUUUGGCACCGUGUACAAAGGUGUGCUAGCAGAUAGAAGAACAGUGGCAAUCAAGAGGUCUAUAAGAGUUGAUCCCACACAAAUCGAGCAGUUCAUCAACGAGGUUGUUAUUCUGUCUCAAAUCAACCAUAGGAAUGUAGUUAUACUUCUUGGAUGUUGCCUAGAAACAGAUGUUCCGCUUUUAGUCUACGAGUUCAUUAGCAAUGGCGCCCUUUCUUCACACUUGCACGAUGAGGCUAAGGCACGUGUUCUUGAUUGGAACAUGCGUCUAAAGAUCGCUACAGAAACUGCUGACGUCCUCUCGUAUCUUCACUCUUCAGCUUCUACUCCCAUCAUUCAUAGGGAUGUCAAGCCGGACAACAUCCUUUUAGACCAUACUUUCACAGCAAAGGUGUCGGAUUUUGGAGCUUCAAGGUUGGUUCCCGUUGAUCUCGCGCAGCUAUCUACAAUGGUGCAAGGGACUUUCGGAUACCUUGAUCCUGAGUACAUGCAGACGCACCAGUUGACAGAAAAGAGCGAUGUUUACAGCUUUGGAGUUGUUCUGCUGGAGUUAGUCACGGGGCGUAAAGCGUUGAGUUUUGAUAGGCCGGUAGAGGAGAAGAGUUUAUCCAGCUAUUUCCUUUAUGUACUCAAGCAAGAUUUGUUGGUAAAAAUAAUUGAUGAAAAAAUUGUGGGUUCGGGAAAUAUGGAGCAAAUAUAUUCGGUUUGUAAGCUAGCGAAAGAGUGCUUGAACGUGAAAGGAGAAGAUAGGCCGAAUAUGAAGGAGGUAGCAAUGGAGCUUCAAGGACUUAUACUCGGAGGAAAGCACUCGUGGGAACGAAAUAAUGCGGACAAUAUAGAGGAGAUGGAGUAUUUGCUACCAAAUAAUCAUGAUGGAAUGGGAGGUGUGAGCUCAAGUGUGGGAUAUGAUAGCAUCAGCAGGGAUCAUAUUGGUUUGCCAAUCAAUGGAGGAGGAGGAAGAUGAUAUUUUACUUUGAGAAUUUAUGUCUUCUUUCGAGUUUGUGCAAUUUGGUAUUGUGUCUGUCACACAUUGUGUUUUGUAUCAAAUGUCCGUUUUUAUUUUGAAAUAUUUGUAGUGUUUUUAUUA